AACUCGGUGACGAUCAUCGGUAACGUCGGCGCUGAUCCGGAGAUUCGGCACUUCUCCAGCGGAACGUGCGUGGCGAACGUGCGAUUGGCUGUGAACGGCGGGCGUAAAGCCGAAAUGACGGACGGCGCCGUGGAGGAGGACAAGACGAACUGGUUUGCGGUGGACAUUUGGGGCGAGGAGGCGAUGCGCAUGGCCGAACACGUGAGUAAGGGCAAGACGAUUUGCGUGCAAGGUCAGUUGAAGACGGACACGUGGACGGACAAAGACACAGGGGCACCGCGUUCCCGAGUGAAGAUUGUGGCGAAAAACUUUUCCUUUGUGCAGAGCGCCAAGGCGCAGCAAGGUGGUGGUGGCUACGGG